CUCCUGCGAUCAGCUGACCGGCUGCGGUCAUGUGACCGAGUGUUCUUUUUACCCAAGAGGAAAUGCAAUGAGCGGCAUCUGAGCCUCGUGGUGGUCAUUGAAGAGGUUGGUAGUGGGGGGCGGCAAGCAUGGCCUGGACCAAGUACCAGCUCUUCUUGGCUGGCCUGAUGCUCAUCACAGGCUCCAUCAACACCCUUUCUGCAAAGUGGGCUGACAAGCUGAGUGCUUCGGGCUGCGAUGGCAAAGAUCCAUAUACCUUCGAUCAUCCCUUCCUCCAGGCCGUGGGCAUGUUCCUGGGGGAGUUUUCCUGCCUGGCUGCCUUCUACUUCCUGCUCUGCAUUGACCGGAGGAGACCAGAGCCCACCAUGGCACCAGCUCAGUCCUUUAACCCACUGCUUUUCCUACCCCCGGCUCUCUGUGACAUGACAGGGACCAGCCUGAUGUAUGUGGCUCUCAACAUGACCAGUGCCUCCAGCUUCCAGAUGCUGCGAGGGGCUGUGAUCAUCUUCACAGGGCUGCUCUCGGUGGCCUUUCUCAGGCGGAAGCUGGUGUUGAGCCAGUGGCUGGGCAUCCUGGUGACCAUCCUUGGGCUGGUGGUGGUUGGCCUGGCAGAUCUGCUGAACAACAAUGACGAGACGCACAAGCUGAGUGAAGUCAUCACAGGUGACCUUCUUAUCAUCCUGGCUCAGGUGAUUGUUGCCAUCCAGAUGGUGCUGGAGGAGAAGUUUGUCUACAAGCAUGAUGUUCACCCUCUGCGGGCUGUUGGCACUGAAGGCUUCUUCGGUUUCAUCAUCCUUUCUCUACUCUUGGUACCCAUGUACUACAUUCCUGGUGGCAGCUUCAGCGGCAACCCACGAAGAGUGCUAGAAGAUGCUCUGGAGGCCUUCUGUCAGAUAGGCCACACCCCACUCAUUGUUGUGGCCCUGCUAGGCAACAUCAGCAGCAUCGCCUUUUUCAACUUCGCUGGCAUCAGCGUCACCAAGGAGAUUAGCGCCACCACCCGGAUGGUGCUCGACAGCUUGCGCACCGUGGUUAUUUGGGCAGUCAGCUUGGCUGUUGGCUGGGAGGUCUUCCAUGCACUACAGAUCCUGGGGUUCAUCAUCCUCCUAGUUGGUGCUGCUCUCUACAAUGGUCUACACCAGCCCCUUCUUGCCCACCUGCCGUGGGGCAGGGCACCAGCAGAUGCCCCAGGCACAGAUGUAGAUAGAGAGGGCCUCUUGGCUGCAGAUGGGUCGUCCAUUAAUGGGGAUAGCUGAUAGCCACAGGACUUUUAUUGCGUUGGAACUUUGCUGGGCUUCUAUCGAAUGGAUUUUAUUGCUGGACCAUUCAGGCCUGGAACGUCAAACUGGUCAUGAGACAGACUUGGUACACUUGGAGAUGCCUUGCUUUGGGUUGACAUUUCACUUUUAAUUUGAGGUUUUUGUUGCACGGUCUGGCCAUUGUGCUGAUUCUGAUGGGAGAAACCAAACAAAGUGCUUUGCAGUUUCCUUAGUGGCCAAGGCAGUGCUCUCUGCUUCUUAGCAAUCCAGAAAUUGAAAGGGGACCACCUUUUGUUGUCUCUAGGAAAGCUUAAGGUGGUUGCCUCUGUCAGCUGAAUUCCUGGACCACCUGCAUGGAGACAUGGCUUUGGUUACUGUAGAUUGAUCUCUUCAAUAAGGCUUCCUAUUCCCCCCCCCCCCCUCAUGUAACAUCAGACAGUGAUGGGUAAGCUGUUUUGUGAAGACUUUAAUAGUCUGGCUAUUGUGGGCUUUGUAACCAUGGUCUCAUAGUUUUUGCUUCUAAUGCUUCACUUGCAUCUACGGCUGGCAUCUUCAGCGGCAUGUCAUGGCAAGAUGUGUUCCUGCGCCAAAGAGAGAAACACAUCUCGCUGUGACACACCUCUGAAGAUGCCAGCCGUAGAUGCAGGCAAAAUGUUAGGAGGAAAAACUCCCAGACGACAGCCACGUAUCCCAGAAACCCCACAACAGCCAGUUGGGUCUGGCUGUGAAAGCCUUCGACUAUACUUUAAUAGUGCUUUAACAUAAAGAUUAUCUUUUGUUCUUGUUGUUGUGAAACAGAUUCUAACUUCCUGUUGUCUCCCCAGAAGGAGAGGUUAAAGAUGCUUAGAGAGACCCAUGCUGUAUUCAUGCAGUCCAUAACAAUGAUUUCUCUUCUGCAGCGGCAUCUUUUCCAAAAUCCUCUGUGAUGCAACAAACCACUGAUGUAACUUCAUGCCCACACUGCUUUCUCUAAUUCUUGCUCACCAGCAAGCUUCUCUCUCUAUUCCUGUUAGCAGAAAAUUCCUAAACAAGAUCAGCAAGAAUCUGCUUUUAGGUCCCCAGUUCCCAUGAAGAAGGGAGCAGUUGUACAGAUCGGGCACCCGACUUAAAAUGAGGCCCUAUUUCAGAGUCUAAAUUUGGAGCGUGUGAAUGGCAGGACCAUUCAACACUUGCACCAGUGACGUGGUGAGCAGUUGUGCACCCUUGGAGAGUUGUGGCCCAGUCUCUUUUGCCACCUGGGGAAAUGGCCCUCAAUGUCACACCACUUCAUCUGGUGGUCCAAUACAAUCAGUUGUCAGAGGCUUGUUAUCUCAGGAAUCCUCCAGUUGCAGUUGUGGGUGGAGGAUAGGGAGAAUAUCACAAAGAGCAAACGAGUAUUCUGGUGGCUGCUCUUUUCUUUAAUUGUUUUGAAAGGGCAACAAUUAAGGUUGAAAGAGUUCUGGAGUGUUCUUUAGAAGCAGGAAUGCAGGCUGAACCCUUGAAAGGCAGCCUCACAGAAAUUUAUUGCAUCUGUCCUUGUCAGAUGUCUAAUAUGGAUAAGAGAAGGAAACGUUUAUUGUAUUCUUAUUUUUGCCAUCUGAGCCUUUGUCUGCAAACUGUGAUUUUAUCCAGGCAGGCAGAGCUACUCUUACUACCCAGUUUUUGCAGCAAACCUCAGCUUAGGGGAGAGAUGCUGGCAUGCUGUUGGCUCUUGCAUGUUGAGAGGCAUCUUUCCCUUCAGUUGGGCAGAGUCCACCCCCUGUCUUUUCCAGUGUACCCAGGAUGAAGCCAUAGAAGCGGCUGAGCUAUCUGGACAGAGAAACUCUAUUCUUGAUAAGUGAUUUCUGUUUUUAGUUGUUGGAAGGGGGAGUUGUUUUUAGUGUUGAUCACUACUGAUUCUAUCAGGGUACAGAUGAAGAAUGGGCACUCUCUUUGUCUUAGAAUGUUAACAAGCAACUUUUCCUUGUAAUCAAUAAACACAGCCUGAUUGGAGGUCUGCCCUCCUACAUCUGAACGUCUGAUGAAAAUAUUUGUCCACAAAGCUCUCCUGAAUUCUAUCUGGGAUUUGGAAUAAAGACCGAGUUGGAAUAAA